AAUCAAAAACUUCCAAGCAUACAGCUUAAAAAUGUCGUCGCAAGUGUAAUCAUUUGGUGUUGUUUAUCUUUAUUUUAUAAAACCUAUCGCGGGCGUACUCUUUUCAAUAACUAACACUUAACACUAAUAGUUUGCUUUUCUAUUAUUCCAUAAAAGUAUAAAUACAGAGAUGGCAGACGAAAUGGACCCGUGCGAAUGUCUGUGGAAUAACGAGUUCGCGAUGCGGCGACUCAUAUCCAUGCUUCGUCAAGGACAGUCUUACUGCACUGGCAACGAGUGCUUAGAGGAGAUGCCCGAACUCCCGGCGGCUCCAAUGGUCAGCAGCAACUUCCUUAUUAUGUUUCUCGUGAUGGCGUUAGCAUUUGCCAUGUAUAUGGUGCGCCCGCGACGCACCCAGAUACAGGAUGUUGCUAAACCGGGUCGCAACACACAAGACCGUGACGGCGCACCACCCACUCCGCCAAGAAUUUAAUUCUUGUAAAUGUGUAUUUGGAUUCAUUCACCACAUACUUUUGAUUCCAGUAAUUUGUAUAAAAAUACUUAUAUUAAAUGUAUUAGUUUAUGUCGCAAUGUUGCCUAUCUAACAAUAGAUAGCGAGUUAGCAACACAAUACCAUAAGAUCGUGUAUUAGGUAUAAUGUAUUUACAAUAAGUAAUGAAAUUAAUAUUAUUAAUAUAUAUAAUUAUUAUUGCCUAUAUACUGUGCUGUCAUAAAUCCACAAUGACGAAGGAAAUGUAUUGUUGAACGUGUAGCGGAUAGCGUAGAUAGGAAUGUUUGAACAUGUUGCAAGUUGCCACACGCGCAUGUAUACCGGAGACCUAAUUAUAUAACAAUAUUAUUAACAACUCUCAAUUGUAAUAGAGUAAAAUGUGGGUUUUUCGGUUUUUUAUGAACAAUUUGAGAGUUGCAGAUGCGAGAUAAGUUACGGUUUGCAUUUAUAAUUAUUAAAUGGUCCCUACAUAACUACAAAAUUGUAGAUUUUUAUCCGUUACAGUUAAGGAUUUUUAAUAACAUUGUUACAUAAUUAAGAUCCUGUAGAGAAUAUGGGAAUUAUGUCCGUUUAAUUAGACCGAAUUGCUAUUUGACUGCGUCAUAUCUAAUUCAAAUAUUUUAUUUGUACUUGUGGUGCUAUAAUUUAUUAGAUGAACUUUUUGAUAAAUAUAGAUACUAAUUUCCAAAUAUUACCUAUUUCGCUAUAGAACUGAAAUUGUGUUUUUUUAUCUGAAAUGAUCUGAAAUUGUGUGGUAUUUAUUAUUAAUAAAUACAAAUUUUAUUUGCAUCACAUUAUAAAUACGAGUGCAAUAUAAAAUUAUGCAACUCAAAUAAAGUUUCGAAUAUUUUUUUCAAUAUUGACAAAUUACUGUGAUCUCCACUAGUUGAUGACGUGAUAUAUAUAACCAUAUUGAUUUUAAAAUUAGGAGCGCUUUGAAUUUCACAUUUAAUCGGCAAAUGGAAUAGCAGGGCAUGCCUCGGAUAGUGCAAUACUUAUAACUUAUUCAUGUAAACGUAUUUAAUCGUUCGUUAGUGUAAUGAGCAGUUAUCAAAAGUCUAUGCUCUGUUUGAGCCAUAAAGUCAAUUUGGAAUAGUAGUAAAAAUAAUGCAUAAAAAUAAAUAGUAUGCACCGCUUUUCAGAUUCCACAUAAAAGACACGAUUUACUAAAAAUAAUAACUGUUAUUGGAACAAUUGUUUCCGGCUGGUAAGAUACACUUGGUUAUAAGCGUCAGGUUAUCCGAUUAUGAAUAACAUUCCGAAAGAAGAAAUCGGCCAUCUUCAGAGUACGGCGUAGCAAGCAACAAUACUAAUAAAAAACUACUAGAUACCUGACGAUAAAUCAAAUAUAUGCUAUCAGCGUACUGAAAAAAAAUAUCCAACAAGUCGCUUAUAAAAUUUCUAAUAGUUAUUAUUUUUUAGUGAAACGUAAAUAUUCCACUAGUUGUAAUUUCUUUUUUCACAUUUGUCUCGGGUUGGGUUAUCGUUUUAUAGUAGGCUUAAUUGUGCAUCAUUAUCGUUGUUAUAAAAAUGAGAUUUUGCCGUGAGCAUUAAUAAUUCAAAGUAAUAAAUAAAACAACUUGCAAGUCAA